AUGCGUCUCACCACCCUUAUUUCCCUGGCUGCGGCCACCCUCGUCUCCUCCGCCGCCGCGGCCGACCUCCAAAUCGACGUCACCCACGAAGUCGAAUGCCAGCGCAAAACCACCAACGGCGACGGCGUCAAGAUGCACUACCGCGGCACGCUGGCUGACACCGGCAAGCAAUUUGACGCCUCGUACGACCGCGGUACUCCGCUGGCUUUCAAGCUGGGCACCGGGCGUGUGAUUAAGGGGUGGGACCAGGGAUUGCUGGACAUGUGUGUGGGCGAGAAGCGUACCUUGACGAUCCCCCCCGAGCUGGGAUACGGAAACCGAGCCAUGGGACCGAUUCCGGCCGGAUCGACGCUGGUUUUCGAGACAGAGUUGGUGGAUAUUGACGGCGUACCCAAGGACGAAUUGUAA